AUGGGUUCAAACAAAAAACUCAGCAUUGAAGAAAGGUCUUGUAUCGAGCAUUUUGAACAAACAGUAAAACGUGAACCUACGGGAAAAUUUAUUGUUGAACUCCCACUGAAAAACAACGUUGAAUUACUUGGUGAUUCAAAGGCAAUGGCGCGGCGACGUUUUCUAGCUACAAAAAAUAAUUUACGAAAAAAUAAUGAUCUUCGUGUAAAGUACGUUGAAUUUAUGGAUGAAUACUUAAAAUUGAAUCAUAUGGAAGAAUCACAAUCAACAAACGAAAUAUCAUACUAUAUGCCACACCAUGCUGUUUUACGCAACCACAGUGCAACAACACAAACCCGUGUUGUAUUCGACGCAUCUGCACAGUCCACUUCAGGAACAAGCUUGAAUCAAAUACUUAUGAAAGGGCCGGUAAUUCAAGAUGAACUUAUAUGUAUUUUAGCACGCUUUCGGGUACACAAGUACGUGCUGUCAGCAGAUAUAGCUAAAAUGUAUAGGCAAAUAUGGGUAGCUAAAAAGGAUAGAGUUUUGCAAAAAAUAUUUUGGCGAUCUCAACCACACGAAGAAUUAAAAGAAUAUUGUCUGUCAACAGUUACAUAUGGAACCACAAGUGCUCCAUACAUCGCUACGGCGUGUCUCAAAAAAUUGGCAGAUGAGAAUUGCACUAAAUAUCCGUCGGCAAGCAAAGCAAUUUCGACAGAUUUUUAUGUUGACGAUUAUUUGGGCGGCGCAAACACUAUUGAAGAAGCCAUAACACUGAGAGAUCAAAUAAUAAAAAUUACCGAUAGCGCUGGGUUUACAUUAAGAAAAUGGAUAUCAAAUGAACCGUCAUUGUUGUCAACUAUAAAGAACAUAAGUAAUGACCCGCAUUAUGUUAUGAAUAUUGACGGCAGCGCAAUAAAAACGUUGGGCUUAUUGUGGAGUCCAUGGGAUGAUUAUUAUCAAUACAAAUAUAAUGACAUCGAAUCAAGUAAACAAUCGAGUUCUAAACGUACAAUAUUAUCUACUAUAGCGACAAUAUUUGACCCGCUCGGACUAAUAGGACCGGUUGUAGUAUCAGCGAAAAAGAUAAUGCAACAGCUAUGGCAACUGAAAACGGAUUGGGACGACGAGCUGCCCGCACACAUUAGUCGGGAAUGGGAAGCGUAUCGUAACGAACUAGUAGAUAUCGAAAAAAUAAAAAUACCGCGAAGAAUAAUUGGUUGUAACAACGUGUGCGACAUGCAAAUUCACGCUUUUGCGGACGCGUCGAUCAGUGCAUACGGUUCGUGUAUUUAUUUAAUGGCAAAAGACGCAGACGGGUCGCGUAUAGUUCGACUUAUUGCGUCAAAAUCGCGAGUCGCUCCAUUAAAGGUUAUUUCACUCGCACGACUGGAACUGUGUACCGCCGUAUUAUCAGUGCGUCUCGUCAAUAAAUUAAUUCCAAAACUUAAUUGUUGUACAAGUAAAAUAUGGUAUUGGUCAGAUUCACAAAUCGUUCUUGCAUGGAUAAAUUCACCAUCCUCUCGAUGGAAAACGUUUGUUUCUCACCGCGUCGGAGAAAUACAUAACACUUCUACGGCUGCGCAAUGGAAGCACGUACGUUCAACGGAUAAUCCGGCAGAUAUCAUAUCCCGAGGAUGCAGUCCAAAAGCACUAAUAGAAAAUAAAUUAUGGUGGACAGGUCCAACGUGGCUAACUCAUGACGAAUCAAAUUGGCCUAAUAACAAUUGUCAAAAAAUUAUAGUAGUAAAAGAUGAUUUAGAAAAAAAACAAUUCGUAGUCACAUUAACAAAAAUUGAAAAGUUUGAUAUCACGGAACGGUUUUCAUCAUUAACUAAAUUACUCAACAUAACAGCGUAUAUUCUAAGAUGGAGAAAAAUUGUGAGAAAUAAGCGGUCGUCAAAUUCAAAAUGUAUUUACACUAUUUACAUCGACCCAGAAGAAACUAAUCGGGCUAGACAAAAAUUAUUGUUAGUCGUGCAAUCUCAAUAUUUUUCUGAAGAAUUACAAUGUUUACAUAAAGGAGAGUCAAUAAAAAAGAAGAGUAAAUUGUUUUUUCUUAGCCCUUUCGUUGACAAUAAUGGUUUAAUUCGUGUUGGUGGCCGGUUAAAUAAUUCAGCGUCCAUUAGUAACGAUAGAAAAAAUCCAAUUUUACUACCAUCAAAAUCAGCUUUCACUAUGCUACUAUUCAAGUAUGAACAUAUUCGAUUGCUGCAUUCUGGGCCACAGGCUUUAUUAGCGGCUGUUCGUGAACAAUAUUGGCCCAUCAAUGGACGAAAUAUAGCAAGGUAUACUGUGCAUAAAUGCAUACCUUGUUUCAAAUCUAAACCAAUGGUAUUUCAACCCAUUAUGGGUAACUUACCGAGCUCACGCGUGGACGCGUUCGAGCGUGCGUUUUUCGCAGCGGGCGUAGAUUAUGCUGGGCCAAUCAAUAUAAAAAGUGGACUUAGAAAAAACGCGCCUCUGGUAAAGGCGUACGUCUCUUUGUUUGUUUGUUUUUCGUCAAAAGCGGUUCACCUAGAACUUGUCAGCGAUCUCACAACGGAGUCGUUUCUAAAUGCACUUAGGAGAUUCUGGGCCCGCAGAGGAAUGAAUAAAUACAUGUACUCAGAUAACGCCACAAAUAUGGUAGGUGCAAAUAGAAAAUUAAAGGAAUUAAUAGAGCUGUUCAAGUCUAAGGAUCACUUGGAAGCUGUAAACCGCUGCUCUGCUGCCCUCGGCGUCAAAUGGUGUUUCAUCCCAGCGCGCAGUCCACAUUUUGGCGGUCUAUGGGAAAGUUCAGUGAAAUCCGUUAAAAAACAUUUAACAAGAUCGUUUGGUGAGGCCUCAUUAAGUUACGAAGAAUUAUAUACCGCUCUUGUGCGAAUUGAGGCGUGCUUGAAUUCUAGGCCUAUAACGCCCCUAUCUACCGAUCCGUCGGAUUUAAAUGCAUUAACUCCUGCUCAUUUUUUAAUCGGUGGUUCUUUGACUGAAAUACCCGAACCGGACUUAACCAAAAUAACUCCUAAUCGUCUAAGACGAUGGCAGCGGGUAACUCAAUUGACACAGCAAGUUUGGAAUCGAUGGCAAACCGAAUAUUUGUCUACGCUUCAAUAUAGGGCAAAAUGGACAAAAUCGGUGGGAGCUGUUCCCAAAGAAGGUGAUUUGGUUCUAAUAAAGGAAUGUAACUUGCCUCCACUUCAAUGGAGGCUCGGAAGAAUUUCAAAGAUUUUUUUUGGGAAUGACAAUAUUCCCAGAGUAGCUAUGGUGAAAACAGAUAGAGGGGAAUUCAAGAGGGCAGUCCGAACCUUAUGCCCUUUGCCACUCGAUGAGGAGUAG